AAUUAUAAGCAAUUUCUGAAUAAUCGAUGGUACGCUGAAACGAGUAAUCUUAAAUUGUUGACUUUAUUGGCGGCACUUUUGAAAUACCGCCGCGUAUACAAAUAUACACAAACUGACCCAACCCUAAUCCCAUUUCCUCCAACACAUUUUCCCUUCCUCAUCCUCUCAUUUCCAAUUCAUCAGAUUCAAUCUAUAACACAGUGAAGCAGAAAAGUGUUCAAUAAUGGUGUUUUGUGAUCACUGUUUGAAAAACGGUCCUGGAUUGCGAUCUGAUGAUGGUCCCUUAUGUUGUGCUGAUUGUGGGAAGGUGUUGGAAGAUUACAAUUUUGCUGAGGAGCCAAGCUUUACGAAAAAUGCUGCUGGACAGAGCAGAGUAUCGGGAAAUUAUGUUAAAUCGAUUCAAGCUGAGUUCUCUGCUUCACGCGAAAGGACUUUAGCGAGAGCUUUCGAAGAGAUGAAAUAUAUGAGUUACGGCCUCGGAGUGGAUGAUGAUAGUUUAGCUACACAAGCUUUGGCCUAUUAUACAAUAGGACUAGAGCGAAAUUUUACCAAGGGGCGUAAAUCAGAGCAAGUACAGGCUUCUUGUCUCUAUAUUGCAUUCCGGGAAAAGCAAAAGCCAUACCUACUUAUUGAUUUUUCAAAUUUUUUAAGGACAAAUGUUUAUGUGCUUGGCGCAGUAUUUUUGCAGCUUUGUAAAGUAUUAAGGCUUGCAGAUCACCCAUUUCUUCAAAAGCUUGUUGAUCCCAGUCUUUUUAUUUACAAAUAUACGAAUAGUUUGUUGAAGCAAAGGAAUGUGCAGGUCUCUGAAACUGCACUGAAUAUUAUUGCCAGCAUGAAACGUGACUGGAUGCAGACAGGGAGGAAGCCUAGCGGAUUAUGUGGUGCAGCAUUGUACGUGGCUGCUCUUGCACAUGGUUUUCAGUGCUCUAAGUCAGAUAUUCUAAGAAUUGUCCAUGUAUGUGAAGCAACAUUGUCCAAACGGCUGGUAGAGUUUGAGAAUACCGAGUCUUCCAGCUUGACAAUUGAUGAGUUGAAUGCAAUGGCAAAAGAGCAUGAAAACGAUCCAAUUAAAAUACCAAAUGGUGAACUGAACAACUGUACCUCAAAGGAUCUACUGUGUGAACACAAGGGUAGUAUUGGAGUGCCCUAUUUUGCACUUGGAUUAUGUGAAACGUGUUACAGGGAUUUCGACAAACUCUCCGGUGGACUUGAUGGUGGUUCAAAUCCUCCAGCAUUUCAGCGUGCUGAGAGGGAUAGAAUAAUGAAGUCACAUUCCAAGGAAAAUCCUAAUAAAUCAGAUGAUUUGGCAAAGGAUUCAAAUGGUGCAUGCGAGAGCCAAAUAGAGUUACAUGCCUUUGAGCCUGAAAGUAUUGGGGAUGAAGAAGAAUGUGUAGCCACUAAAAAUGGCGAGCACAAUAAGUCAAAUAGAGAAGAUGAUAUGAACGCAAAAGCUGUUGAUGAAUCAGAAAGUCUCUCUGAUAUUGAUGAUAAGGAGAUUGUUGUCUACCUUCACAAUGAGGAGGAAACAGAACGUAAGAAGAUUAUAUGGGAAUAUAAUAAUCGAGAGUAUCUUGAGGAACAAGCUGCCAAGGAAGCAGAGGCUGCAAUGAAAAAUGAUGCGAAUUUCCAAAACUGUUCAGCUGAAAGAGAAUUUUGUGCAUCAAUUACCGAUGCUGUGGCAAAAUCCAGAAAGGAAAUGAAGCAGAGGCGAGCUCAAGAGGCAAAAAGUUUGGGUCCUGCUCAAUCUGCUGCAGAGGCCACUCGGCGAAUGUUGACAGCAAAGAGGCUCAGCUCCAAACUCAAUUUUGAUCGCUUGGAUAAGUUAUUUGCUGAACCUCAGGCAGCUCCAGAGAAUCUCAAGAAAGCGCGAGUUCAGUUACCCUCUGACAAUGACGAUAAUUUGGAGUUGAAGUCAGAGGCCAAAAGAAUGGAGGAGGAUGAAUUGGGAUUGGUUGACAAAUUUGCAGAUGGUGAUAUGGAUGGAGAAUAUGAUAAUACUUCGUAUCCAGAAAAUGCGUAUGAGACAUAUGACUAUGAGGACGAUGGUUAUGGCUAUGAUGGUUUUUAGUAAAAGGAUACUAGAAGCUCUUCCUACUAUAGUUAUUUUUGACCUUUUGCAACAUAAUCAACAUUGGUGGCAGCCCAAAGGGUUCCAAAGAUUGUCAAAAAUCAGAGUAUGUUUGAGGUUUCAUCCAAAACAGGCUAGAAUUGAAUCCAUUCAUUACUCUCCAUUUAUUCUUUUUGGUUCUCCCCUUACUUCUUUGAACAUAGCUAUUCCCUCGUCCUAUUUUGUUUGACGUUUAAGGUUUUGAUUUAGUAAUUAAUAAAUACCAUUAAUAUUUAAAAUUUCAAGUCAAUGGUAUAAUAGGAAAAAAAAAGGUAUUUAAUGUUGUUGUAUUGACAUUGUAAAAAGACAAUCAAAAUGAGACAAAUAUAUUUGACUAAAACGUCAAACAAAAUCAGACAGAGGGAGUAAUUAAACUUGUCAUCAAUUGUAAUUUUGGUGUUGAAGUCUAUGUACAAUGGAUGUCCUUGUGUAUCACUCCUGAUUAUAGUGGAUGCUUGGGGUUAUUAGGGAAUAUAUUAUGAAUUUUCAUUUAAUGCAUUAAUAGAUAAAUCUAGUCUCAUUA